CUCUUUCCCUACUUUGUGCUGGUAGCUACUACUUUGGUGGGAGGUAGAGAUGGAGUUGGAGGGGCUAGAGCCAGAGCCAGACAUGAGCAGGGGCUUCUCCUAUGCUCAGUCACUGUUAGUGCCCUCUCAGGGGUAGAAUCAAUGGCUGAGGGGCUGGAGCAGAAACUCUGGAGAGCUUGAUUUUUCUCAGUUAUAAUGAUAAUUUCCACCUUGGUUUGGGAUGUGGCUGGAGCCUGAUGGAUUGGGCCUGCACUUCUGUGGUUUCACCUUUUCCUACAAUGUUUCUGCCUUGGUUAGAGGCUUUUUCAGGGCCAGAGGAAUUGGUGCCACACCACUGAGCUGGCACUGCUCCCUCUCAAGUUUUCACAGGGAUGGGAGCUCAGGCAUUGGUGUCUGCCCUGGAACUAGCUUCACUCCCUUCAGAGUGUGUGCAGGAACUCCCCUCCCCCAAUUCCAGGUUGUCACUGGCCACCUCUGCCCUUGUCAGAACAAGGCCAGGGUUAGAGCCAGAUCUGUUCCAUACAAUGUGUGCACUCUCACUGGCAAAGGUAACUUCUACAUUAGUAGAGGCAGGGUCAGAACAAGAGGGGCUGGGGCAGGACUCUGCUGCCAGCUUAGGGCUUCCCAGGAUAGUCCGGGCAGACCACCAGGCAACUUUCAAUCUCCUGCCCUUAUACUGUGGCUGGGAAUCAGUAAACCUCAAGAGUGGCACUCUUACAAAGUAGAGUCUGUUUAUAAACCAGCCAAGCAGGCUUAUCUUCCAGGGGGUGGACCCCAGGGCUGAGGUACCUAGUAUGUCACUUGAGUCCCUUGCUCCCCUGGGAAGAUCCCCAAACUUGUGAUACCCCUCCUCUUCUGGAUCCCCCACCAGGGGAACAGGUCCUAAUUAGAUCACGUCUCUUCCCUUCCUACCAGAUUCUUUUUCGUGGAUCUUUAUUUUUUUUUUUUUUUUGGUGGUGGAAGAACUGCUCUGCUGGUCCCCAGGUCAAUUUCAGUGAGGGUUUCUCUACAUGCAGUUGUAGUUUUGAUGUAUUUUUGAGGGGAGAUGAGCCCAGUGUCCUCUUAAUUGGCCAUCUUGAUGCCUUCUCUCCUCCCUUUUUGCAUUUUGUGCCCAGUUGGGUUUUUCCCCUUUCCUUCAAGAAUAUAUUGCUCUGAGCUUUGCCAUGAAGUGGCAGCAUUAAACUGUUUGGCAUUGACUUAACCAGCUUAUAUGUCCAGACCUAGGACCUAAAAUAGUGGUGUCCAUACUCUUGGGUACACAUGUUCCCCAGUAUCUCUGUUUCCACAAUUCCUCCCUGCCAUCCAUACCAUCUCAGACCCCCUAGUUCUUCCCUCUCAUCCUCCCCUAUCAAGUGGAAGCCUGCCCUCCUUUUGCCUUCAUCUAAAUCCACUGGCCUUAAAGACAAGCCAUUUAACCCCAAGUCUGGCAUUUACAUGACCCCUCUGCAUGUCAGUCCCUGAGAGUGUGCUGGUGAGCAGGACAGACUCAACUCUUGCUACCAUGGACUGAUUCUGACAGCAAAGUUAGACAUAACUCACACAAGGAAACAUUAAGACAAAUAUUGAUAAAUGACAUGAAAGAAAUAAGGAGCAAUACCUAGGUAUAAAGCAGAGCUGUAUUCCAUUCUAGGUAUCAGGAGUCAUGUGCCAGAAGAGUCUUUCAAACUGGCAUCGGCUGAUCUGCAAAGUGUGUAACAGUGUUCCCAGGUGGCAAGGGUCAUGUGUCCUUUAAGGAAUGGACAGAAGGUAGAUGAGCUGGCGCUCAGAGAUUGAAGAGGGAAGGAGGGGCAAGGGAUGGGCUGUACUUGUUCUCAGGUACAAAGACAAAGAUUUUAGUCUUUAUCUUAAAAGCAAUGAGAAACCAUCGGAGAGUUUUAUUUAAUGGGAGUAGCAUGCUCAUGGUGUGAUGGUGAUCAUGGUGAUGGUGAGGAUGGUGAAGAGGAGAAGGAAAAAGAUGGUGAUAGUGAUGGUGGGGAUGAUGAUGGUGAUGGUAAGGAUCAUGAUGGUCAUGUUGGUGAUGGCAAGAACGAGAGUGACUAUGACAGUGGUAGUGAUAAUGACAUGGUAAUAAUAAUGGUGAGAUGAAGAUGUGUUGACUGAAAUUCUGAUGAGAAUGGAGCAAAUGAUGAAGAGUCUAGUACCACUGCCCGCCAGGAAAGCAGAGGCAGGAAGACCAUCCAGGAAACAAAUGGAAUGAACACAGAAACAACCAAUGAUUUGGAGUGAGACAUGCCUAUGGUCAGCCAUUUAUUUGCUGAGUGAAAUGAGAAAAUACAUUGACCUCACAUAUGCUUGAACUUCUUCACCUUUAGAAGGAUUUCUUGAGGUGAAUGAUGUGUAUGAGUGCCUGGCACCCAGGAGUUGCAAUGUUAGCUCCUUUGCAUCUCCCUGACAUACAUGUACACAGCUAGAUGUGUGGUGAUGAGUGCCUGGGGGUGGAUAUUUCCUCCACUGCCUCACUUUUUCACCUUGGCCAGGUGACACAGCUGCUUUCUAAGAGACACUAUAUUGAUACCAGGAGACCAAGAGCCCCUACUUCGAUCAUCUCCUCCAACCUGGUUGUCCCGCUGUCUGUGGAACAGCAGUGUGAGGUGGGCUUGCUGCUGGGAGUGUCUCAGGAUGAACUCUGCCACUGCCUGCCUCCCUCACCCUGAUGACCCUGAGCUUCAUUCUGAUACCACAGUAAGUAAUUUCCCAUCCCUCUGCCAACUCUGGGGGUCGUAGCAAUGGGGACUCUGGGUGUCUUGGAAAAGAUUCUGAGUCUUCCCAAAAUGUGACCUUGGGCAAGGUACUUUACUUCCCUGGGCCUCAGUUUUUCUCCUGGAACCGGUCUGGACAGCUCAAGAAGCAGGGUGGCUUCCUGUGAGUCUAUGUGCAUAGUGGAUGCUGCACAGCAAGGCAGGGUGCAAUCAUGCUUAGCUUACCUCUCCCUUGGGGGAAGGACUGGGGUCCCCAUCUGUUGUUGAUUUGAAUCUGUUUGCAUUGAGCACACAGUUUCAAUGUAGCUCCAGCUUCCUGGAAGGUGCCAUCCAGUCCCUGGAUGAGGAUAGUCCCAGUAUCCCAAGGCCUUUGAAAUGACACCAAUGUGAAGACUUUAUUUCCAAAGCAACAUGUGGAUGAUGUGUAGCACUAACCUGUGCUGCACACGUGUGGUCUCAUGUGGCCCCCACAAAGGCUGGCAGGUGGGGCUGCUCUGACCCAUAAUGAAUGCAGAGAAUGGAGGGGGACAGAGACAGUUUAAGGCUGGGGGUCAUGAGCUGGGAACAGGCAGGGCUAGGUUAUCCCCAGGGAGGCCAUUGCAUUUUGGGCUGGUCCCAAUACUAAGGCAGACUCUUUAACAUUUAGCUGCUGACUCAUCAUGGGAAUUACUCCCUUUGCAUUUCCCUGGAACUGUGGCCUGUCACAGGCUAUCAGGAGGAUUGAGCUCCCAGCCACACGUUUCCUGAGAGGUCAUCAUUUAAUGUGUUUUCCCCUCCCAGGAAUCUGCAUUCUAAGACAGGUACGUGUGGAGGGUGAGACUGACAGCCAUGGUCUGGGAGGGGCAUUCUGCUGGGCUCAUGGCAGAGAGCAGCCUAGCUCUGUGACAUGCAGGGUGCCUCUCAGAGUACAUAUGCAAAGGCCAGGGGCUCUCCUCCCUCUCCAGGCCUGGAGCCAGUGAAGGGGCCAGGGGAAAACCCUGAUCAGGGGCAUAGGCCCUGGCAGAGGGGAUUGGGAAGUGGCGUCAGCCCCCUGGCACUGCAGUUUCUCCUAAGGAGGAAGAUGAGCUUUCUCAGAGUUAACACAGUCUCUACCAUAUACUGCCAUCAAACCUUGGGCACUGCUGCUCUUCCCGCAGACGCUGUAACAGACCCUCAGCAAGGCACAGCCCCUGGGCUGGGGGCUCUCUGGGGAGCAGGGCCUUUGGCCAGCCCUGAGGCAUGGAACGACACUCUUGCUCCAGAAAGGGCCUCUUGAGAAGAACAAGUCUGGAGUCCUACUUCCCGGAUUGGUACCUCAACUGUCCUAGUUCUAAGGGUGAUGGCCCCGGACUGUCCAGCUUCUCUGUCUGCUCACCUCACUUGCAGCCCACAGUUCAUUCCUAAGAUCUGCUGAAGCCCAGCAUCUCUGCAGAGGAGAGGUGCCAUCGGGACCCCUGCAAGGGAGAUCCAUACACUGGGUGGGUACAGAACCAACUACUUGUGACAAAGCCUGCCUCUCCGCCAGGAAGCAUGGGGGUUCAGUUGGCACUUUGCCCCCUGGGCACAACCAUCUGGCCAGCCUCCAACCAGCUCAUCCGAGAGCCCCCCUGCAUGCCCCAGGGAGCCAGAAAUGUCUCCCUGAGCCUCAGGGACCUCAGGGUGCCCGACUCCAUGCUCCAUUGGCUCUUCCUUCCCUCAACUCUGCUGGCUGCAGCAACACUAGCACUGAGCCCCCUGCUGCUGGUGAACAUCCUAUGGAGCCAGAGGCUACAGCAGGACCCUCACUAUCUGUUGCUGGCUAACAUCCUACUCUCUGAUCUGGCCUAUGUUGUCUUUCACAUGCUCAUCUCCUCCAGCAACCUGAGUAGCUGGGCCCUGGGCCACAUCGCCUGUGCUGUUCUCUCAGAUGCCAUCUUCGCUGCCUACACCAGCACCAUCCUGUCCUUCAUGGCCACCAUGCUACACACCUACCUGGCAGUUGCUUAUGCUCUGCAUUACUUCUCCUUCAUGUCCUGUGAGGCUGCCCAUAAGGUGGUGGCCCUCAUUUGGCUGGUGGCUGGCUUUUUCCCCACAUUUCUCAUUUGGGUCAAAAGCAGGAGGAUGCCAGGUUGGUGGAAUGAGGGACCUCAUGCAUCCUGCUGCUGAGCCUGGGCACCGAGCCUGGGCACCAAGCCAGGCAGGGGCCCCCAGGUUGCUGUCACCCACACCUGCAUCUUGUGCAUUCUGUUUCUGUGCAUAGCUCUUAUCACCUACUGCUUCUGGAGGAUCUGUGCAGAGUCCAGGACUUUGGGUAUCUGGGUGCAGGGCUAUUCUCAGGCUAGGGUCACCCAACUUAUCCACACAGUGCUAAUGACCUAUGUUAGCCCAGCGGUGGUGUUUUCCCUGGACAUUGUGCUGACCAAGUAUCACUACAUAGGUGCCAGGACUCAUAUGUGGCUCAUGACAGCCAACAGUGAUGUAAUCAUGAUGCUUUCCUGUGCUGUGCUCCCAUAGCUGUACACAAUCCACUACCAGCAGCUGCUGAGAGUGGUCUGGGGCCACUUCUCAUCUGGGAGGCACAGCAACAUCUUUACCAUUUCUCAGAGCUACAGACCUCAAAGCUAAAAAUCAUAUAUUGGAUGCAUUGACAUCCAAUUAUGGCAUACUCCUCAGGACUACAAAAUAUAAUUGUAAUUGUUCUUAAAGGAACAGGACCUUUAAGAUGAUCUCAACUGGAGUUCCCAUUGUGGUUCAGUGGUAACAAACCCAACUAGUAUCCAUGAGGAUGGAGGUUUGA